AUGGUCAACUCCUGCUGUGGAUCCGUCUGCUCCGACCUGAGCUGCGGAAGGGGCUGCUGCCAUGAGACCUGCUGUCAGCCCAGCUGCUGCUGCAGCCCUUGCUGCCCCCCGACCUGCUGCCAGACCACUUGCUGCAGAACCACCUGCUGCCGCCCAACGUGCUGUGUGACCAGCUGUUGUCGCCCGACCUGCUGCAGGCCCACUUGCUGCCAGUCGGUCUGCUGCCAGCCUACUUGCUGCCGCCCGGUCUGCAGCGUGGCCAGCUGCUGCAGGCCCUGCUGCCCCCAACCUUGCUGUGUGUCUACCUGCUGCAGGCCCUGUUGUCCCCGACCUUGCUGUGUGUCCAGCUGCUGCAGGCCCUGCUGUUCCCCACCUUGCUGCGUGCCCACCUGCUGCCAGCCUUGCUGCCGCCCAACAUGCUGCCAAACCACUUGCUGCCGGACGACCUGCUGCCGCCCAACCUGCUGUGUGCCCACCUGCUGCCAGCCUUGCUGCCGCCCAGCUUGCUGCCAAACCACUUGCUGCAGAACCACCUGCUGCCGCCCUACUUGUGGGGCAUCAUCUUGCUGCUAA